UUCUUCACCGUGUUGUGAGUGAAAAUACGAUAAACGUAAUGAGAGAGGUUAAAUAAGUUUUACCCCCAUGUUUUUGUAUCCGCAAUGCUGGACUAAGUUACCAUAUAUGGUCAUGUACCAUCGGGUAGCAACCACAUUGGUUGGCGUGGUGGGGGAGGUGCCGGUGGGGGGAAUGGUAUAUUACAGAUUUACCCCCGGCUCUAGCAAUCAGUUCUUGUUCCAAGCUCGGCUUGCUACCUCUUAUUUAUUUAUUUAAUUCCCUCAAUUAACCCUUAAACAAAAUGUGUGACGAAGAAGUUGCUGCUUUAGUUGUAGACAAUGGAUCCGGUAUGUGCAAAGCCGGUUUUGCUGGAGAUGAUGCACCCCGAGCAGUAUUCCCAUCAAUUGUUGGCAGGCCAAGGCAUCAGGGUGUCAUGGUUGGUAUGGGCCAAAAGGACAGCUAUGUUGGAGACGAAGCCCAGAGCAAGAGAGGUAUCUUAACCUUAAAAUACCCAAUUGAACACGGUAUUGUAACUAACUGGGAUGAUAUGGAAAAAAUUUGGCAUCACACUUUCUACAAUGAACUUCGAGUUGCGCCAGAAGAGCACCCAGUUCUCCUGACUGAAGCACCUUUGAACCCCAAAGCAAAUAGGGAAAAAAUGACACAGAUCAUGUUUGAAACAUUCAACACUCCAGCUAUGUAUGUUGCCAUUCAAGCUGUUCUGUCCCUGUAUGCAUCUGGACGUACCACCGGUAUUGUUCUGGAUUCUGGAGAUGGUGUCUCACACACUGUACCAAUUUAUGAAGGUUAUGCUCUACCUCAUGCCAUCCUUAGGUUGGAUUUAGCUGGACGUGACCUCACUGAUUACCUCAUGAAGAUCCUGACUGAAAGGGGAUACUCCUUCACGACUACUGCUGAGAGAGAAAUUGUGAGGGAUAUCAAGGAAAAAUUGUGUUAUGUUGCUCUUGACUUUGAGCAGGAAAUGGCCACUGCUGCCAGUUCAAGUUCCCUAGAAAAAUCUUAUGAACUUCCUGAUGGACAAGUUAUCACAAUUGGAAAUGAAAGGUUCCGAUGCCCUGAAGCUCUGUUCCAGCCUUCUUUCUUGGGUAUGGAGGCAUGUGGUAUCCAUGAGACCACUUACAACUCAAUCAUGAAAUGUGAUGUCGACAUUAGGAAGGACUUGUAUGCCAAUACUGUUCUCUCUGGAGGUACUACCAUGUACCCUGGUAUUGCUGAUAGGAUGCAAAAGGAAAUCACUGCCCUUGCUCCUUCUACAAUGAAAAUUAAGAUCAUUGCUCCACCAGAAAGGAAGUACUCAGUAUGGAUCGGUGGAUCAAUCCUUGCCUCCCUUUCUACCUUCCAGCAAAUGUGGAUUUCUAAGCAGGAAUAUGACGAAUCUGGCCCAUCUAUUGUUCACAGGAAAUGUUUCUAAAGCGGCUGUCAUCAUUUGUCAUGCCUACUUUUCCUUCCUUUGUAUGCUCCUUCUGGAGACCUGCUUAUUCUUUUGUAUUAUAAUGUUUAUUAUAUUUGUUUAUUAUUUUAAUUAUCAUUUCAUUAAGUUUUUGAACACACUUCUUAACUCUCACUUGAAAAUUGGAAGUUUAGAAAUGUGUCAAAUUCUUUCUCUUCCAUUAUUUAAUUAUUUAAAAUAUCAUUUGAUUUAUUUCAAUCUCAUUCCAUGUUAAUUCUCUCCCUCCCAUGUUAAGUCCUCCCCUGACCUCCCCCUCCCUCCCCACCCUAAUUUUGUAAUUGAAGGGGUUUAUUUUUUCAGUCAUUUUCUAUUGUACUAGUUAUCUUUAUAAAAAAAAAAUAUUUUAUAUAUAUAUAUUUAAAAAAAAAAGACACUUUGCAUUCCAAUUUUUUCCAUGUGGCUCGUCAUAUGCUUAAUUUUCUAAGUUUGCUACUUUAAAAGGAAGUUUUAUACAGUGUAGGUUUGUCUUUUUUUGUAUCAAAAUCAUGUCAUCUGUUGGUUCCUGUAAUGUAUUUUUGAGCCAGUGAAAUAAUGACACCUAUGCAUGCACUAGGCCAAAGUAUUAUUUAUUCCCAUCUGCAGAACUGGAAAUUUUAGAAUUAUGGGAAAAAUAAAUCGUAAAUUCUAAAACUGUAUUUUUAUUUUAUUUUUUUACCCUAUUCCCCAUCUAUAUUAUUAAGGUUAUUUUAAUAUGAACUUGUAGCAAGAUAGUGAAUAUGUCACUAAAUGCUAAAUUAUCAAAUUUAUUAACAUUGCACCAAUAGCAGAAUAUUUUUUUAUAUAACAAAAGAUUAUCAAAUGUAAUAAUAAAAUUAUUGUGGGAGCGGGUUUAUAAGUAUGAGGAAAACUUAGUAAUAGUUGAUUAUUCAUGAAGUGAUAUAUAUUAACUUUGAUUCAGAUUUUUAACCUUGUUUUGAAAUAUAAAAGAAACUAAAAGUCCUAACAAAGUUUAAUGUUAAUAGAAUUAUUUUC